AGUAGAGGUGUUGGUUGUAGUGGUAGAGGUAAAGGUAGUGGGUGUGUUUGUUAUAUUGGUUACAGUAGUAGUAGUAGUAGUAGUAGUAAUAGUAGUAGUAGUAGUACUCGUAGCCACGUGGAGAAAAAGGAAAAACGAAACUAAAACAAAAAAAGCUGCCACGCGGCCACGCGAUAACUUUUUGAUUUGUUUAAAUAAAUUAUCUCGUGGCCACGUAAUAGUUUUUCGUUGUUGUUUUGUCUUUUUUGUAUUUUUUUUUCUAUCACGAGAUAAUUUAUAAGAAAACCAAAUGUCCCUGCUGUGCUUCCGUAAGAAAGUGAUCGAUAAUUUUCAUAUUGAUACAGCAGAGUGGUAUGUAGAACUGGGGGUUAAGUGUCCGACGCUGAGCAAGAUACCGUACGAAGUUCAGCAGUAGACCCAAUCCGAAUACAUCUGAUUUGUCAUGCCUUUUCAUAUAUAAAUUAUUCGUUUGAGAGUCAGUACACUUCUUACGAGAGCUAAUAACUAAGAGGUGAAGUGACCGUCAUACGAAUAGUCAAUAGACAUGAAAAAUCCCAAAUAUUUGCAUAGGAUCUAUUACCGAACUUCGUAUGGAAUCUGAGCUGAUGGGAUAUAUACCCAUAUCCUACCCUUAUCUGAGGCCCCGAAUUCUUCUAUUUUUGAACCUGAGUACGUUGGAAAUAAAUCACAAGAAAUGAUUAGUAAAGAUAACGGCUGAACUUCCUGACAGUCCCCACAAAAUACGUGGGUCUACUCCAAUUGAUCUGCUUUAUAGGUUUAUUACAAUAGUAUCACAUCGGCUCUUAUACAUUGACAAACACUGCUCUCAUGCGUCACCGACUUCUGCAUGCCUUUGUGUGCACGUUUUGAAAAAGUAUCGUACUAAUUAUUCCUAAUCCGUCCCCGGUCUUAAAGCAUGUAUAAGUUAAUCUGUGGGACAUUCAUUGGAACACGACGAGAUAUCUUCGGAAAAAAAUAUGGUUUAAUAAUAUGAAAAUGUUCAAUCAACCAUCUUUUAAAAAAAUUUCACAUUCAACUACGAGGGUCAUUCAAAAAGUUGGUGCGUUAUGAGCCCCAAUUGCUUAAUUUGCAUUAGUUUGUGGCCAACCUCGUUCAACACGAAUGCUAUCGAUUAUUCACGACUCCUACACGACUCUAUACGAGCAUUCAUAACUCAUACACGGCAAUCAUCUCAAUAUUUACACGAUCCCUAUACGAACAGCUUUCCUAAUGAAUAAACAUUUUCGCAUUCGGAUGGCGUUCGAACUAAUCUGGACAGCAGAUCGCUUCGAUCGGGUGGCGAUUUCGUACAGCAAAUUUUUCCGAUCAAUUGUAUUACUAAACCAUCAAGAGUCGAUUGCUACAUGAUUAUUUCACGAUUUCUUCACGAACACAUGCUAACCGACCGCAGCUCGAUUUUGUUUUACAUAUCAAAAAUAUCGGACAAACACUCCGAGCAUUGCCGAUCAAAGUAGAUCUAUAUCGAUUAUCCCGACCUCUUACCGAUUGAGUUCUAUCAGUUUACGACCAUUUCUCAAUUUCUUGUCUAUGUUGAAUUGACCGCCAACCGACGGCCGCAUAAUCGUAGUCGAUAACUUUUCGACCCUCUCUCCCACCCCCGAUCGGUAACUGAUCAAAUAUUUAUACAAAUUAAAGACAUAAGACUGGUCAUUCCAACCACACUCCUGAGACGGAUAGUGCAGUUUCCGAAGAAUAGGUCGAGAGCUAUUGGUUCGAUUUGGUCGGUCGUGUGAAUCUAGCAUUCGCAGAAUCUAUGUGGCAUUACUGAGAUGUGUCAAUACAAUUUUGAUUGCUUUAAAAGAUUUUUUUUUUUUUCAAACUGAUGAAUUGGUGAUGUAUUCGUUGAAAUUUCGUUUUUCUUCGUCCAUUCCUGCAUGUGAGAUAUUCGUUUUGGUGUGCCUAUGAAUAACCUAAGUCCAACGUGUACAUCACAUAUUAUGUAUCAUAUACAUUUCACACGUGUGAUAUAUUCGGUCGAUUUUUUUUUUCACUCGAGUAAGUCGUGUUAUAUAUACAGAUGUAUUCGCCAUGUGACAUAUACAGCUUAACACAGUUAUAUUCCACUAUGCACUUAAUUGAAGAGCGAAGAACUGUAAUAGUUAAAAAAUGUGGACCGAUAGUUCCUGACUGCCUUCUAGAGAAAAACAUGAGAAUAAAAAUAUUAUUUUACAGACAGGACAGGUACCUCUUUAAUGAGAAAUAAACUGCGUACAUACAGUCUUUCAAAGAUUGAAUUCUGUACAGAAAAUUAUUGUAAGCUGAUCAUGCCAAUCCAACAUAGGUCAGCAUUAAGUUCAUUUAGGUUACCUUUCCAGGAUAGAAAGUGUCAAUUUUGUGAAGUUGUAGAAGAUGAGUCUCAAGUAAUUUUACAUUCUAGAGGAGUACCGCACAUUUUUGUUUGUUAAAGCUGUUGAAAUAGAUCACUCUUUCAUGUCUCGUAGCAAUACUGGAAAACUGACUUUCAUACUCUGUAAUUCUGCAUUGCUGCGUUAUCCUGCCAAAACCUAUCAUCUGAUUUUAAAGAGAAGAACUUUUUUUAUCUUUGAAGAUAGGUGUUCAUUAUGGCCAUAAUGCUUUUACAUAUAUUAAUAAGGUGGCAAUCACUGUUUUAAAUGUAAAUGAGCCGCACCAUGAGAAAACCAACAUAGCGCAUUUUCGACCAGCAUGGAUCCAGACCAGCCUGCGCAUCCGCGCAUUCUGGUCAGGAUCCAUGUUGUUCGCCAACGGUUUCUCUGAUUGCAGGAUCUAAGCUGGUCGCAAAUGCACUAUGUUGAUUUUCUCAUGGUGCGGCUCAAAUAUAAUUAUUACUUUUAAUUCAUUGAUGUCAUUCACACUCUAUUACCCUAGGUUAAUGUCAUCACUUGUUCUGUAAUGGCUCUAUAUUCUUCACUGAAUCCUUAUCCUUUUGUAUUUUUGGUCAUUUUCUCAAAUAUCUAGAACUUAGGUAUUUUGAAUGUUAGGUCAAACUAGAAUGGAUAAAGUGUGAAAAUUAUUUAGGUCAUCAAUAUAUAUUUUAAAGAAAUAAAAUCAUCAAAUAUUUUAGUAUUAUUUAUUAAACACUGUUCUUACUUAAUAUUCACAUAGAAAAUUUCUAUAUGUAAAUAAAAUGCAUUUUUGAACUAAAUUUUAAAUAUUUUAAUACAUUCAUAGAAUGCAUAUUAUUUCAGGAUGUAAUAAGAUCUAUUUUUCUACCGACAAAUGCAAACGACUGUUGUGUACAUAUAUCAUAUAACGGGUAUAAAUAAAAGUGUCAGUUACAUUUAUUUUACUGCCUAUUUUCUUCCUCGACAGGAACAGUGUUAUUGUAUAGAGACUCAGUGUGAAUUAUUUUUCAUACUUAUUCACUUCAAUAACCACUUUAAAAGGACAUUAAGAACAUUUCGGAAUAAGUGUGUUCAGUUGUGUUAUACUGGUGCUAUCUGAGAAGUAUAUCUACUUAAAUGUGAUAAAAACAAAGCGAUACUGGCAUAUUGGUUGUUAAUUCUUCUUAUGUGACUAGAUGGAAAACUAUUAGUUUUCAUCUUAUCAAUCACCCCUGAUAUACAAAGACGUGGAACUAGUGGUCACGAGACCGCCAAUAAAAGUUCAAAGAAAUAACGUGUAAAAAAGGAUGGCAUUCCGAAUUACAACAUGUAAACUAUCUACGGCGAUUGCUGUUCUAUGUAUAUUCUGCCUGAACAGGUCACUGCAGACUUGUGUCAACUCUUACACAGAUACCACAAUUUGUGACAACAUAAUCCCUGAAAGUCUACCUGCAAAAGUGACCCGCGUAUAUAUAAACAUUAAUAAAAAGAUUAAUAUGUCAUUGAGUGUUAUAUACUUCAAUAAUGCAUCAUUUGCUGAUAGAAGCUGGCGAAAUGUAACAUUUUUAGACAUAACUGCACAGUAUUCAGAUGAUCACGGCCACUUCACUGUUCGAUUUGGUAAUAUGUGCUUUAGUUCGCUGAAUGAAUUAAAGGAACUUCGAAUACACGGGGAUGAGAUUAAGAAGGACUCAUUCAGUACGGAUACAUUUCAUGGUAUACACCUUGUAGAACUGCAAUUUUCAGUGUGCAGGAAACUAGAGAUCAAUGAUCUCCUUGCAGAUUUACUCCAUGUUAAUAUUACAGUGGACAGUUUAUCGUUAAAUGACGUCUCGACUGUUGGAGUUAACAAAUUGAAUAUAAAUACAGCAUUCUAUAGCCUAAUUCAACAGAUGAAAGUUAACAGCUUGAAUUUACAGAAAACAUACUUCAAUAUGUAUUUUAUCAAACACUGGCAGAAAGAACCGAAAUAUGUAGGCCUAAAGACACUUGAUAUUUCCCAAUCAACAAUGAAUUUACCAUCCGGAACUAAUAUAAAUGAACUAUAUGAUUUUGCUGCCUUAUUUCUUAAAGAUCUCAAAACAUUGAAUAUAUCUUUGAUUCCUGUACAGUUUUUCGAUACCAAUUCAGAUUUUUUAAAAAACAAAAACAUAACAAAGUGUGAUGACUUAAAUCAUGAUUUAAUGAAAAUACUUUUCUUUCGUAUUGAAAACCUAUUUGCCGAUGAAAUAUUUAGUGAUCCAGUCAUUAUAAACAAUACAUUGCUGAAUAUCUCUGAUUGUGUUUUCAAUCUAAAGAAGUGGCAUUUUAGAGGGAACCAAAUACAGAUUUUCAACAUAACAGUUUAUUUACCAGUACUGAAUGAGAUGAAUGAAAUUGAUUUAUCGUAUAAUGAAAUAAAAUACUUCUCUCCAAUGGUAACCAAAACAACAAAGUCGCUUGAAAAGAUAAAUUUGAAAUCAAAUAGAUUGUUUGAAAUGGAGUAUUUGCCAGAAUUCAACGAUUUGUUGGAGACUCUAAACAUUCUUAAGUAUUUUAAUAUUGGUGAGAAUAAACUUUCACACUUGCCGCAGGAUAUAUUUAGAAAUAAUGUGGGUUUAGAGAUAAUUGAUUUAGCAGACAAUAAAUUAACGACUAUCGAGUUCAAUUUGAAACAUUUGAAGAUGCUCAAGUUACUGAAUAUUGCUCGAAAUCGUAUAAAAUUCCUAGACGGUAAAGCGCUAGCAAACGUGCAGUUGUUUCUCAAAACACGGGCUUCCGCUGGAGGUAACAAUACAGCAGUCAUUGAAAUAACAGAAAACCCAUUUAUUUGUAGUUGCGAAAGUGUCGAAUUUAUGAAAUUGAUAAUUUCGUUUGUUCAACACCACACUAGGAAAAAAUAUCUUUGUAAGAUGGAAAAUGAAGAAACAGAAAUCAACGAAGAUUCGUUAUAUCAUUCAAAUUAUUCGUGUUACAAAACAGCUGUUAUAUUGAGUGCAUCGGUUUCAAGUUUUGUAAUCAUUGUAGUUUCAAUUCUUUUAACGAAGUUCAUACUCAGACGAAAGAAAAUAAAAAGAGAGAAAUAUGAGAGAAAACUCUUUUUGAAAGAUUUUCAGAAGGGCGUCUUGACAGAACAGUACUUGUGUCAGAUUUCGUAUUCAAGUGAAGACGAAGUGUGUGCUCUUGAUAUUAUUCGUACUAAUUUAAACAUUGCUUUAAGCGGAAAAUGUCGUUGUAAGCGUGAAAUUAUUUGUACUGGAGAUAAGAACUUUUGUUUGGGACGACCAAUAGUAAAUGAAAUUUUACGCUGCAUUUCCAAAUCCUGCGUUGUCGUAUUUGUUAUUUCAAAAUCGUUCUGUGGAAGUCGUUGGUGUGAAAUGGAACUGAGAGAAGCUUAUGAAAUGGACAAACCGAUCAUUUUGAUUUUCAAAGAGACGGUAGAAACAAGUUUGAUGCCAGAAUUGUUAUUUACUAUCUUCAACAGAAUGACAAGAGCCAAACUGGUAGAAGAAGAGGGAGAAUACUCACUUAUUCCAGACUGGGAAAGUCUUGGUGAAUCUAUCAUCAAACUAGCUGCAGAACAAUUUAUAGCUAAACAAUCAAUCGACCAAAAGUUCAUUGAAAGUCAAUAUUCUAAUUAAUACUACAGUCAUACAUGGAGAUUGUAUGAUAACGAUACAGGCUGAAUUUCUCUCAUUGAUAAUCAUGAUUCUAUAAAAAUAUAAAUGAAUAUUAGUUUAUCCUAUAUUUGGAAGUUUAUAUACACUGUCCUAUAUUAUUAACUAAAUAAAGCAACAAAUCACGGCUCUAUACCACAAAUAGUUGUAAUUAUAUAUUCUGUUAUCCUAUUUUGGGGUACGAAUGUACAUAGUUUUCUAUAAAAUCUGUUGUAAAUAUCCAAUCUUCUGUUUUAUGAAAUGCUUGUCGUUGUGAAUGUGAAAAAAGGCAAUUACAUUUAAUUUGCAUUACUUUAGGCUAAUAAGGAUUUGACGUUGGCGUCGUUAAAAAUAAAGAUGUUGGUCGCAUUGACUUGCUCUAUAAUAGAUUAAAAAGAAGAGAUAUUGGUGUUUAAAUAGAAAAAAAGCCUACAUGUGAUAAAAACAUUAUAUUUGUGUCUUUUCACAUUGAAUAUAGUAAGAAAGUAAGUGAUUAUUAUAGCGAUAUGUGUAUCAACGGUUUCGUACAUACACGUGAAUACAAUGAUCUGAAUACAAAACACCCGGCCCCAUGGGCCUAUAUGCACAAGUGGUACGUAUUGAACAGAAUGUACAGAAAAGAUAAAUAAGCAUUUAACAAUACAUAUUAGAUCAAAUAUUAUGGUAUAUACAUUUAUCAAUAGCGAAACUUACAGAGAUAAUAUGUAGAAUACACCAUAUGUAGGACAGAUAUACUGUUAGGUCCACGCUUGACUGCGGACCUGUGGUAAUUUCAAUACAGUAUCACGACGAUUUUAUAGGCGUUGUCAUUAAAGCAAUUGAUGGACUAAAAGUAGCAGAGAGUUAGAUUUUCAUAAACAUCCAGCUAGAGGUUGAAACUGAAUUUUAUUUUAUGUUAAUAUGUCCCGGUUUACUGCAUAUAGAAGAACAAUAUAUACCAAAUAAAUCCUAUAUUAAUAGUUCUACAAACAAAUUUAAUAUACUGAUGGGUUCUCAAAACGUUAAUCUUUAAAUAUUUUAAGGAAGUUAUCAAGAUACAGUUAUAAUGCUUUCAAUGAAAGGAGACAUUUAUUAGAAAGCCGCUGUGUAAUGAUAUUUGAUACAUGUUAUUGCUAACAUUGUUGACUAUAAAAUAGAACUUCUGUAACUUAUAUAUUGCUUACAAAGAUGUGUGCAUAUAUCGUUUUCAUCACAGUUCUUCAUUAAGUAAGCUUAAUAAUUGUAUAAUUGCCAUAGAUUCUGCUAUCACUGUCUGAAUUAGAUUAUCAUUACAGAAGAUACAGAAUGAAGUAUAGUAAAAGGAAGGUCUUCGUAAGUUAAAUUGUUACACCACACGUUGUUGUACAUAAAUGUAUUUAUUAUAACUAUUUUGCUAUGGACCGGUAGCCGAAAUCAAUAAACUACAAUGUCAUAUACUGAGAUGUAGAUUUACACUUAAAAAGGAAGAUGAACAUAUCAUGCUUUCAACAACUGAACGCAAGCAUUUGAAAUUGUAAAUUUGAGCAAAAAUGUUUUCUGUAUGAUGUCGAAAGUCGCCAUAGUACAUAAUGUAUAAUUCUUGUAUGGUCUUAGUACGGAAUGAGACCGCAUGUAGUAUAAUAAUUUUGAACUAACAUAUUAGUAUGUUAUCAGGCAUGAAAUGUAAAAUUGAUAUGCUAUUAUGCAUGUCAACGACCUAUAUGAUUUUCUGAUGACAGUUUUUUUUUCUUUAUAUUUCAAUAUUGAUUUAUAAAAUUGAGUUACAAUGUACCUAACUGGAGACCCAGUGGAUAACCCACAACAAUGAAAUGUAAAUAUAUUCUCUAACUAUGGUUAUGGAUUUGUGUGUAAAUAAACAGAAAACCAAAAUAUUUGUAUUUUCUAACUGGUGUUUCUAAAUAAGUGUGGUAAACCUGGGUUUUGGCAAUGAAAUAUUUUGCUUUUUGUAAAUAUCUAAAUAAACAGUUUAAGUUACCAUGUUCUUUUACCAUACAUUAAAGAAUACACUAUGACAGAGCUUUGCUGAAAAUUUGAACCUUAUUGAGUAAUUAUUGGUCGAGUUAUUCCCAAAAACAUACCAAAAAACUCCCCGACUUCGAGAAAGUUUAUUAGCAGAAACCAUUAAAUGCUCCUAAUAUAAGUACAUAUUUUAUAUUUUGCCAUCGUAUUUCCACUUUCAAUAUAUUGUAAAUAUAUGUCUUAACAUUUUUGUAAAAUUUGAGAACAUGACACUAUGAAGCUUUAGAGUAAUCUUGAAAAAUAUUCUGUUGUUUACAUUUUUGCUAGUGUGACUACAGAGCUGACCAAUGAAAUUAUUUAUUAAAAACAUUUAGAGAUAUUGUUCAGGUCUGAAACUUUACUGUCAUGUCAAGGAUAUUAAUUUUUAGUUAUAUGAAAUUUUGUAGAUUUUUUAGAAGCCUUGUUCUCUUGUAAUCCUUUAAAGAUGACCCUUAGAUGUGAAGACUGAUUUUGGCAGCCAUAUUGGAUAUUUUUGGGAGAAUUUGUGUGUCAAUUCUUUAACACUUGAUUUAAGUACUUUUAGAUCAUUAUUUGUAAUUUGAAAUAAACUAAUAAGGUGUAGUUUUUCUUCUAGUUUGUGUUUAUGUAACUGGUUUUUGAUGACUUUUAUUCUAUUUCUUGCAUUUGGUGAGAAAAGUUUUACAUAUUUGGGAAAAUGUCAUUGACCAAUCAGAUUGCAGCAGUUUGGGUGCUUCUCUAUAAAUAUGGGCUUAUCAGUUAUUUCUUUGCUCUUCUAGUUUACACUUUUGGAUUAUACACUUCUCUUAUGUAGGAAAUUAUUGGAAAUUUGGAGCCAAUUUUAAGAACUUUGGACUUUAUUUUUAUUGGGGAAUAAUGUAGAAAUUUGGAGUUUAAUUUAUUUGCUUAAGAAGAUUACUGAAAUUUAUGUGCAUUUUAUGUGGAAUAAUUGUGGAAUUGUCUGAUAAUAUUGACAUAUAUUUAAAUUGGUGUAUAUAUUAAUUGUAGAAGCUUAUUUGUAGACAUAAUUUAGACCUUUGUAGUUGUGAAUGUGUGGUUAUGAGAGCUAUAGGACUUUAGAUUUAAUAGAUUUAUAAAAUUGGACUUACUCUUGUGUUUUCAUUUAAUUUUACACAGUCAUAUGUGCUGAUUUUCUUAUUUGUUUGUUUGGUUUGAUUUUCUCCUAUUUAUAGUCUAAGUGGUGUGAUAAUAAUCAAAACUUAUUAUUACAGCACUUGGCGUUAUAAUAGCUUUGAAAUAGCCCAGAAAGUGGCUUUGUAAGGCAUCUGGCUUUUCCUUUAAAUUAAUUAAGCCAGUGGUGUCGGCCAUCCUAAACAUUUUUACCCCAGUUCCCGAGCGAAUAAUGUCCUCGGUGAACGGUUUACCCCGGGGACUGGGGUUUACGAUAAAAUUGGCGUCAGAAGUGGGGAUUUCAUACAGGAAUAUUAUUUGGAAAUAAUUUAUACUGCAGGUAUCAUUUACAAGGAUCGGACCUCAGCAGGAGUAUUAAGUUUGAAAGGACCUCUGGAUUAUACUCUUUUAUCUUUGAAACAGAGGUGAUAAUAGGGAAGACCUGUUAUCACUAGGCUUUCUUCUAUCGCUUAUUGUAUCACAACUCUUUCUUUCUUGGGGUGAUAGUGUGAAAGGCCUGAGAGUGAACUAGGCUUUCCUCUAUUGCUAUACAAAUCUUCAGUUGGGGUGAUUGGGUCUGUGAUAUUAAAUCAGGUCAUUCACUUUUUUGAAUUUCCAAAUCCUAUCAUAGUGUUAACGGCAGGGAAGCACGGCAUCGGUGCGCCUGUCACAAUUGUUCAAACUUAGUGUUAAGUGCAGGGGAGCACGGCAUCGGUGCGCCUGCAACGUUUUUUAAACCUUAGAGUUAAGAGCAGGGGAGCACGGCAUCGGUGCGCCUGCUACUUGUUUUAUAUCUUAGAAUUAAGGGCAGGGGAGCACGGCAUCGGUGCGCCUGCUACAUUUUUUAAACCUUAGAUUUAAGGGCAGGGGAGCACGGCAUCGGUACGCCUGCUACAUUUCAUAACUUUAGUUGUAAAUGCAGUUGAGCCUUUAGUCUUUGCUCCUGCAACAUUUUUUCCUAACCUUAGAGGUAAGGGCAGGGGAGCACGGCAUCGGUGCGCCUACAACAUUUUUAAACCUUAGUGAGUUAAGGGCAGGGGAGCACGGCAUCGGUGCGCCUGCAACAUUUUUUAAACCUUAGAGUUAAGAGCAGGGAGCACAGCAUCAGUGCGCCUGCUACAUUUUUUUCAAACCUUAGAGUUGAGGGUAGGGGAGCACGGCAUCGAUGCGCCUACUACAUUUUUUCAUAAUCUUAGUUGUAAACGCAGUUGAGCCUUUAGUCCUUCCUCCUGCAACAUUUUUUCCUAACUUUAGUGUUUAGAUCAGGAGAGCACGUUAUCAGUGAAUCUGCGACCAUUGCUAACAGGGAAGUACGACAUCGGUGCGCCUGCUACAUUGCCUUUAAACCUUUGAGUUAAGGGCAGGGGAGCACAGCAUCGAUGCGCCUGUUACAUAUUUUAAACCUUAAAGUUAAGGGCAGGGGAGCACGGCAUCGAUGCGCCGCCUGCUACAUUUUUCCAUGUAUUUUGCUAAGUUUAAUGUUAUAUAUAUAAUGUUAUAAUUAAUCCCUUAGAUGCUCUUUCUUCAGCUUUCAAAAGUGGAUUAUCAUAAUUGUGGGAUACUUACAUCAAAAGAGGAUUUAAAAUCCAAAUUUUGAGACAAGCGCUUAAAAUGUGUACAGAAUGUACAGAAAAGAUAUAUAUCAUUUAAUGGAGUAGACAAAGUGAUUAAUAAGUGAUUUAAAGUUAAUUCUAGAAUGGAUUUUAACAAUUAUUCUGGAAUAUUAUGUUGAAAUUGAUACCAGUGUAGGAAAUUGUGACUUAAGAUAGGAAUCACACUCCAGAAUAUUUCCACAAUUCUGAGACAAGUUAAUAAAACGUUAAGGCUUUGGAGUAGAAUCUGUAGACAUGGUGAUUCUAAAAUGGAUUUAAUAAGUGACUUUAGGAUGGAUUCUAGAAUGAAUACUGACUUUAAUUCUGGAAUGUAUGUAGAAAUUAAUUCCAAAAUGAGAAAUUGUGACCAAGAUAGGAAUCACACUCCAAGCUACCUGAACCAGUAUGAAGAAGACUUUCAUGAACCCAGAUACAGACUACCUACCUACAAUGGGAAGCAAUGUUUUUUUUGAGGCUUUCUUAUGGCAGCUUCAACGGUUUUCUAAAUACUAUGCAUGGACAGAUGAACAAUAUAGAUUACAGUUAAUCUUGGCCUUGAAAGGUGAUGCUGUGAAAUUUGCCUGUACCUUAUCCCCAGAUACACGUGAAAACACACAAACACUCAUUAAGGCUCUAACAGUUCGUUUUGGGCAGAGUGCGGUGCCAGAAAUCCAUAGAAUUAAUUUAUACAGUAUUCAAAAACACCCUUUAUUUUUUGAUAUUUUGCCAUGGUAUUUCCACGUUCAAUAUAUUGUAAAUAUAUGUCUUAACAUUUUUGUAAAGUUUGAGAACAUGACACUAUGAAGUUUUAGAGUAAUCUUGAAAAAUAUUCUGUUGUUUACAUUUUUGCUAGUGUGACUACAGAGCUGACCAUUGAAAAUAUUUAUUAAAAACAUUUAGAGAUAUUGUUCAGAUCUGAAACUUUACUGUCAAGUCAAGGAUAUUAAUGUUUAGUUAUAUGAAAUUUUGUAGAUUUUUUAGAAGCCUUGUUCUCUUGUAUCCUUUAAAGAUGACCCUUAGAUGUGAAGACUGAUUUUGGCAGCCAUAUUUGAUAUGUUUUGGGAUAAUUUGAGUGUAAUUGGAAAUAAACUGAUAAGGUGUAGUUUUUCUUGUAGUUUGUGUUUAUGUAAUUGGUUUUUGAUGACAUUUAUUCUAUUUCUUGCAUUUGGUGAGAAAAGUUUUACAUAUUUUGGAAAAUGUCAUUGACCAAUCAGAUUGCAGCAGUUUUGGUGCUUCUCUAUAUAUAUGGGCUUAUCAGGUAUUUCUUUGCUCUUCUAGUUUACACUUUUGGAUUAAACACUUCUCUUAUGUAGGACAUUAUUGGAAAUUUGGAGCCAAUUUUAGGAACUUUGGACUUUAUUUUUAUUGGGGAAUAAUUUAGAAAUUUUGAGUUAAAUUUACAUGUAUUUGCUUAAGAAAAUUACUAAAAUUUAUGUGCAUUUUAUGUGGAAUAAUUGUGGAAUUGUCUGAUAAUAUUGACAUAUAUUUAAAUUAGUGUAUAUAUUAAUUGUAGAAGCUUAUUUGUAGACAUAAUUUAGAAAUUUGUAGUUGUGAAUGUGUGGUUAUGAGAGCUAUAGGGCUUUAGAUUUAAUAGAUUUAUAAAAUUGGA